AUGGCACCUACAAUAGGUGUAGAAACAAGAAAUCUAGCUUUUAACUUGAGAAAAGCUGCUCAAGAUAAGAAAUUACCACGGCGUAAAGUUGAUACUUUAGAUAAUGAAAUACAUGUAUUGGAACACGAAAUUAUUGAAGUUGAAAAUUCAUUUGCUUUAAUGAAUGGUUGUAAUACAGUUUAUCGUAUGAGUCAUGCUCAAUUAACAAAUGAUGCAGACGAGAUACAAGAGCAAGCCGAAUUAAAUGAACAAAUACGUGUAUUGAACAGUAAAUCACAUUAUGAUCAAUCUCGUGUAAAUGAACUACAUAGUUUUUACAAUGUAAAAGUUUUGAUAGCAUGUUUGUUCUAA